UUGUUCCUCGUUCUGCUCUCUCAAGACACAAACUCUUUUAAAUCAAUCUUCCUGUCCUUAUCCCGAUCGCCGGAAUUUUUUUUCUCCGGUGUCGUUAAAUUCCCCCACUUCCCCUGUUCUUUUAUUAUCCCUAAAAAAAGGUCUGACCUUCUGAUCGAUCAUAUAGAGAAGAAGCGACUUCCGUGAAAUGAUCUUGGUGGCCUAUGUAUGGCACCGGCGGUUUUGGCUAACCUAAACGAACCCUUGUUUACGAGAAGACAAUGUGGCGCCGUUUUUAUGAGGAAACACACUAACCUCUCCGACGAUUUCACCAACAACCCUAACCCUAAUUCUACCAACAAGCAGUUCUCUGAUGGAGACUACGUUUCCUUCGAUCUCGAUUCCUACUCCUCGAACCAGCUCAGGGAGCUGAAGAAGCGUCUCAAUUCCGAGCUCGAGCAAGUUCGGUUCCUCAAGGAACGGAUCGAAUCGGGAACCUUCACGACUGCUCCUGCUCACGGAAUUGGUCUUAAGAAGACGAAUAAGAAGAAGAAAACAGUCCACGGUCAUGGCGGUUUGGAUCUGGAGUCGGAGAAGGCGUUGAGGAGUAUGAUGUCGUCGUGCGUUCAGAUCUUGGGGAAGCUGAUGAAGCACAAGUGGUCUUGGGUGUUCAACACGCCUGUCGACGUGUUGGGGUUAGGGCUUCACGAUUAUCAUUUGAUUGUGAAGAAGCCUAUGGAUCUCGGCACGGUGAAGACGAAUCUCGAGAAGGGGGUUUACGGAUCUCCGGUCGAGUUCGCGGGGGACGUUAGGUUGACUUUUACGAAUGCUUUGGCGUAUAAUCCGAAAGGGCAAGACGUUUAUAAAAUGGCUGAGAAGCUUCUGAGUCAGUUCGAUGUUUGGUUUGGUCCGGUUUUGAAGAGGUUUGAGGCUCAGCAGCAGGGAUCGUCUUCUCGUCCUCGGCCUGUUGUGUCCGAACUCAGCCAAAGAGUUGUGUCGGAGAAUAAUGCAAGGAAAGGACCUGAACAGAUUUCGAUAGCGAAAAAGCUUGAUUCUUUAAAGCCUUUACCUACAUUGCCUCCUCUGGUUAUGGAGCUGCCACGUGUCCCGUCACCGGCUAAGUUACCAUCACCACCACCUCCCCAGCCGGUUAGCAAAGUUGAAACACCUCCUCCCCAACCUCCCCAACCGGUUAACCAAGUUGAAGCACCACUUGAGGUGGGAGAAGCGACGUCUAAGGGAAGGAAAGGGAAGUUACCGAAGCCGAAGGCUAAGGAUCCAAAUAAGCGAGAGAUGACGAUGGAAGAGAAGGCUAAGCUCGGUGUGAAUCUACAGGAGUUGCCUCCUGAGAAGCUUGGGCAGUUGAUUCAGAUUCUUAAGAAGAGAACCACGAAUCUGCCUCAAGACGGAGACGAGAUCGAGUUAGAUAUCGAGGAGCUUGACAAUGAGACUCUGUGGGAGCUUGAUCGUUUCGUCACUAACUACAAGAAGAUGGCGAGCAAGAUCAAGCGGCAAGGGUUCAUACAGAACUUGUCGACUCCGACAAGAAAUAUGCCUCCGGUGAUGGAAAUGGGAAGUGCUGAGAAGAGAGUGAGGAAAGGAGGAGAUGGAGGAGAAGAGGAUGUAGACAUUGGGGAAGAUAUUCCAAUUGAGGACUAUCCAUCAGUGGAGAUUGAAAGGGAUGGUACAGCCGCUGCUGCUGCUGCUGCAAGUGGUGGGUCUAGUUCUUCUGGCAGCUCCAGUUCUAGUGGUGGAUCUUCCUCUAGUGAUUCAGACUCGGGGAGUUCAUCAGGAAGUGAUUCAGAUGCUGAUAGUGUGCAGUCACCAUUUGUGGAAGCAAAAGGACAGUGAUAAGUGGUUUGGUCGAAUGAGAGUGAAGUGGAAAAGUUUUUAGAUUCCUAGGAUGAAGAUGAAGUGGAAUAGUUUUCUUCUUUUUUCUCUUUCAAGUUAAGGUUCUUUAGUUCUUUUAGAUUAUUGGUGACACGAUGGACAGAGGUUGAGAGUGACCUUAGCAAAAGAUGAAGAGGAUCACUUGGUGGUGGGUUUGUUCCUAUUUGUCGCUUUUGUACAAAGAAUGAAGAAGGAAUCUCUGUUCGUUUUCUUUAUAGAAGCAUUAACUUAUAACA